UGUAAAGUAACCAACCAGACAUUUGGAAUUGGGUAGAACUUGUCAACGUUCUGUCCCUUCAACAGACAAUCAAUCUACUGUUUGGGAAUCGGCUUACUGCUAUGGCAUUACAGCUGUUUAAGGUGGAGGUGCACUUUAGUUAACCAAAAUGGCAGCAUACAAAGAAUGCAGUGGAGUCUAUGAAAACUUGGCGCAUGAAGGAAGCAGUAAGAGUUAUCGGUGCUGGAGGCCUUUUGUUCGUCUCCUAUUUAACUGUCACUGGAGAUGAAAAGUUUUAUGUCAAUCAGCUGAUGCCAGGACUACAGAGGAUCGUGGGAGCUGAAACAGCACAUGUUCUUGCAGUUCAAAUGAUUAGGCUAGGCCUAGUCCCACGAUCCAAGCAUAAGGAUUCAAAAGCACUGGAAGUACAAGUUCUUGGACAGAGGUUUCAGAACCCUCUUGGCAUUGCUGCUGGCUUUGAUAAACAUGCAGAGGCUGUUGAUGGGCUGUAUAAACUUGGUUUUGGAUUUGUUGAGGUUGGAAGUGUUACUCCAUUAUCCCAAGAUGGAAAUCCCAAACCACGUGUCUUUAGGCUUACUGCAGACCAAGCUGUCAUUAACAGAUAUGGAUUUAACAGCUAUGGCCAUGCAAUGGUUCAAGAACGAUUAAGUGCAAGGCAGGAAUUGCAGUAUGAGCUGACAAAAGCUGGACGACCUCUUGGGAUUAAUCUUGGGAAGAAUAAAUUGUCCAAGGAUGCAGUCUCUGAUUACACAGAGGGUGUGAAAAGGUUGGGCCCAUUGGCUGACUAUCUAGUGGUGAAUGUUAGCAGCCCAAACACCCCUGGAUUACGGGACCUUCAGGGAAAGGCAGAAUUACGCCACCUGUUAGACAAAGUAUUAAAAGAAAGGGACAAUCUUAAGUGUGAGCGGAAACCAGCAAUCCUGGUAAAGAUUGCACCAGACUUAACACGACAAGAUAAAAUGGACAUUGCUGAUGUUCUGCUUGAGCUGGGAAUAGAUGGUCUCAUUGUCACAAAUACUACUAUAUCACGUCCUUCCACCUUACAAGACCCUUUGUCUUGUGAGGCAGGGGGACUAAGUGGACAACCCUUGAGAGAAAUGUCAACACAAACAGUACGUGAGAUGUACUGCCUUACUGCAGGUAAGAUUCUUAUUAUUGGAGUUGGUGGAGUCAGUAGUGGUCAGGAUGCUUUUGAGAAGAUUACUGCUGGAGCUUCUUUGGUUCAGUUGUACACAGCCUUCACUUAUCAGGGACCACCUAUUGUUGGAAAAAUCAAACGAGAACUUGAGAUUCUUCUUAAGGAGCAGGGAUUUACAAAUGUUACUGAAGCGGUUGGAGCCGAUCACAGGACUGCAGAUGGAAAACUGCAACUAACCUUUCCAGUUACUGACAGUUUUCAUGUACUUUCUUCUAAUUCCUCUGCAAAAGUGAUAACACAUAACAGAUAGUUGUGAUUUCUCCAUAUAAGUACUUGUUUUGUAAUAAUUUGAGAUGAAAAAUUUCCAUUGAUUUUGGGAAUUGUAUAAUUAAAUUGACAUAUUGUCAGUAAUAACUGAUGAUUAAAUACCCCAUAAAUUUCAUGUUUAUAGUUUUUAUAUUAAAAAGAUCAAACCAUUUGUAUUACUGUCUAUCCUUUGAAUUGCUUAUGAAGCUGAUAAUUGUUUAAAUAUUUUCCAUGUAAAAUAAUGUACUUUAGAUUGACGGUGAAUGCAUAUGUUGUGGUUUUUUUUUUGUUUUUUUUCUAGACUUAUAAAUAUUUAUGAAUCAUGCAAUGGAAUUUUGUUCAUAAUUACUUGAGUAUUUAUGAACAUUGCCUACAAACAGCCAAGUGCUGCCUGGGUUUAUGUAAGUUGGUUUUUAGACAUUGCUGGGUCAUUUGAAUUUAACUGUUUGAAUUGUGAGAAGUAUAUUCAUGCACAUGCUUUUCAAUGAAAGUUUGAACCUUACUGUAUUAAAACAAAAUAAAAUGUUUAUGUUAUAUCA